AUAAUCUGACUUCCGCCGGAACACGAUGCAAAAUGAGCAAGAGCAUUAUUUUACGUAAACAUCAAUUAAUUUAGAUACCACAUUUCUAUGUAAGACAUUUCGAAUAAUGCGUAUAAUACCAUGGCUAACCUGCUAAUAAAUGGACGUUAAAUGAUAAUGCUUAUACAGAUGUAUACUAGUGAUACAUCUGUCAUGUUGUUCCGAUUCUGACGAAAUUUCGAGGUGGAAGGAUUUGCGUCAUCAACUAUUAGGAGAAAUAAUACAUUAUGGGCGAUAUAAACGACUUUUUUCGUGCUCUGUUUGGAUUUGGCAGAAGAAAACCAUCAGAAGGGCUUGAUAAACCAGGGGAAGGAGCAUUUAUCUUUAUUGAUGACAAUGAAGAUGAAGUACCCUGGGGUGAUGGACGUUCAGGACAUUUCUUCGGUGGCAACAUAUUCUCACAAUUUCAACGAGAUAUGGAACAGAUGCAGCAAGAAAUGGCUGACAUGUUUCAAGGUUUUGAAAUAGGAUUUCCUUCAGAACAUCCAAGAAAUCCACAACUUUCACCUAACCCACGAGAUGAUAUGCUGAAAAAGCCUGACUCCACUCCUGAAGACAGUAGUCUGGAUAAAGAGAAACCUGACCUUGGACAAAGAAGAAUGGGUCCUGGCUUUCAUCAACCACACCCAUUUUUUGGAGGAUUUUUCCCACCACCAGGGUUACCACAUACAUCAGAGAGGAAUGAUAAUGAGCUGGGUCCUAAUACCUCAGGGACUGGUUUCCAUGGAGGUCUGAGGGUGCCACAUAUGGCUUCCUUUUCCAGCGGUAGAAGUGUUUCUGUAAGCACGUCAAUUGGACCCAAUGGGCAAGUUGAAGAGCGGAGAACUGUAAGGGAUUCAGAAGGAGGUGAGGAGGUAACCAUAACAAGGAAGCAGGGCAGCCAGGCACAUUCUGUUACCACGAAGACGGACAAAAACGGUGUACAGGAGAAAAUAGAAAACUUUACCAACAUGAGUGAAAAUGAUUUAUCAGACUUCAACAACAAAUGGAGUAAUAAAAAUGAAGAGAGUAAUUAUUCAGCACCAUUACAACCUGACGCUCUAUUGAAGAGCCAGCCACCAUCAGAUAAUAGUGAUAAAGAUACUGUGUUGACUUCCAGGUUAAAACGUAUGUUUGAAUGGCUUAAACCUAAAGUGGAAUAACAGGACAUAUUCUAUUGAUUCUACAGACUCAGAAAGUUGUGCAGAAAAUAGACACACAGUGCACUUUUUCUGUACAUUAAAUCCUAGCAACUGACUUCAACCUUGCCAGCUUAGGGGUGUGAAUUUGUUUGUGUUAAAGUUAGCAUUGCCUGUGAUUAAUUUAUUACCUGUAUAAGGAUCCAUAUAAAAUAAAACUGGUUUUGUGUUGGUUAAACAAUAAACUUACAAAUAUAUAGAUAUAGGUAUUUUUGAUUGGGUUUUAAUCUGUAGCAUAUUUGUCAGUAGUGCCAAAAUUACAACAAAAAUUCAACAACUUUGACUGUUAUGUAAAAGUGCCUGGAGAAGUGGAGCAUCAGUUGUAGUAAUAUUGAUUAAUUUAUGUCUGGUGAUAUUCAAAGUAGAAUGUGUUUGAAGUCAAACUGAAAAAAAUAGUACUUCUGACUAAAAUGAACGGGCAUGGUAUUAUACACAUACCGGAUUUUGUCUUUAUUUUGAAUCCCUGGUUCAAAUGUGUAUAGGAUGUACAUUUCAUUACAAGGAGGUUUAUUGUAAAAAUUGAUCUGUGAAGAUUGUUAUUUUAAAUGCAUUAAAAAAUGUUGAUGUUAUCAUU